AUUAUCACGGACGGCUACGCGUGCAUGAAAAAUUGCGUGCAGCCGGAACCCCAGUGCCUAGCGAACCAUACGAUGACCAUCGUCUACCAGUAUAUCGCCCUACCUGCUAUCAGCACGAUCACCCACCCGGUCGAAGUUUCCAGGAUCCGAGCAGAGGCUACCGACGGCAUAUCGCUUUUGACCAUAAAGUAUAUUCUAGACAAAAGAAGUAGCCAAAGGUUCAUCGUCAUACAAGAAAAGCAAUAUGGUAAAUAA